UACUAUUUAUAGGCUGCUUAUAGGUACCUUAUAUUUUGUUGUAUCGUUGCAAUAAAUUUCUUGAAUAAUCAACUAGCUAGACAGAAGAAACACACAAUAUGGCAAAGGUUGGAGGAUCUAGAUGGUCACUUAAUGGUUUGGUGGCUCUUGUAACUGGAGGCACUUAUGGAAUUGGGCAUGCAAUUGUGGAGGAGCUUUGUGAACUUGGUGCAAAAGUGUACACAUGUUCAAGGAAUGAAUCAGUCCUCAAUGAAUGUUUGAAUAAGUGGACUGACAAAGGCCUUCAAGUAAAAGGUUGUGUAUGUGAUGUAUCAUCUAAAGAGCAAAGAGUACAACUCAUGGAAAAGGUUUCCUUGGAAUUUGAUGGAAAACUCAACAUUCUUAUAAACAAUGUUGGAACAAACAUUUGGAAGCCUACUACUGAAUAUACUAGUGAAGAUUAUGCACAUAUGAUGGCUACAAAUUUAGAAUCUUCAUUCCAUUUGUGUCAACUUGCUCAUCCUCUUCUUAAAUCAUCUGGAUCUGGGUCUAUUGUUUUCUUGUCUUCUGUUGCUGGUCUUGUCCAUCUAUCUGGUACUUCUAUUUAUGGAGCAACAAAAGGGGCAAUGAAUCAACUUACACGAAAUUUCGCUUGUGAGUGGGCAAAAGAUGGAAUUCGUGUUAAUGGGGUUGCACCAUGGUACAUUAACACCCCCCUCGUCGAACAUGUGCUGGGGGAUAAAGAAUUUAUGGAAGGGGUAGUAUCGAGAACUCCUCUUAAGCGUCCUGGAGAAGUUGAAGAAGUUUCAUCAAUGGUAGCUUAUCUUUGUCUUCCUGCUGCUUCUUAUGUUACUGGCCAAGUUAUUGCAGUUGAUGGAGGAUUCACUGUCUAUGGCUUCCAACAGCCUGGCUAUUAAUUAUUAAUAGU